AUGAGAAGAAGAAAGAGUAGAAAUGUGUGCAUUUUACUGGCCGGUGGAGUUGUUAUCUACAGUUUAUUGAAGUUUAUUACAAGUGGAAGCGGGUAUGAGAAAAGUGAAUUACCGCUGAAUAAAGAUAACAAGUAUCGCUGGCAAUCAUCUAACAGGUUGGUCUUAAGAGGUAGAUCAUCAUGGCUUCAGAAUUUAAGAAUUAAGGCCGAUUUCCAUUCAGUGCAAAAUGUCACGAGAUCAACUUUUUGCGAUCACUUUCUUUUGAAAUGUGUUCAGUCACCUUCAUCCGUUGCAUUUGAUUGCUUGUAUUUCAAAAGAAAGUGAUCGCAAAAUGUCAAUCACGCGACAUUUUGCACUGAACUCCAAAUUCAAAGGGAGUUACAGGCCAACUACAAAAUUGGGGUUACAGGCCAACUACAAAAAUAAUGUAAAGGCAGUGGAACAGUGCGAUUUCUUCUUCUGAUUGAUGUGAACGAGCAGAUGGGUCAUUAAUGUUCUGGGUAUAUGUACUCUCAUCUGAACAUUCCUAAGUUAUCUAUUCGUUCACAUCCAUCAGAAGUGUAAACGGACCUUACCUAAGAGAAGGCCCUUACUGGAUCUCUGAGAAGAAGAGUUAAAGCACAGUUAAGCUGGUUUACACUAUCAAAGUUUCUGUGAUCACAGUAGGAAUUUUGCAAAGGAAAAUUCUAAGUUUUGAAGGAUUUGUAAGAAAUGUUUGAGGGAACUUACUGGGUGUUAUAAAGGAUGGUUUACACUAUCAAAGUUUCUGUGAUCACAGUAGGAAUUUUGCAAAGGUAAAUUCUAAGUUUUGAAGGAUUUGUAAGAAAUGUUUGAGGAAACUUAUUGAGUGUUAUAAAGGAUGGUUUACACUAUCAAAGUUUCUGUGAUCACAGUAGGAAUUUUGCAUUUAGGUAAAUUCUAAGUUUUGAAGGAUUUGUAAGAAAUGUUUGAGGGAACUUACUGAGUGUUAUAAAGGAUGGUUUACACUAUCAAAGUUUCUGUGAUCACAGUAGGAAUUUUGCAUGUGUACAUUCUAAGUUUUGAAUGAUUUGUAAGAAAUGUUUGAGGAAACUUACUGAGUGUUAUAAAGGAUGGUUUACACUAUCAAAGUUUCUGUGAUCACAGUAGGAAUUUUGCAAAGGUAAAUCUAAGUUUUGAAGGAUUUGUAAGAAAUGUCUUAGGAAACUUACUCAGUGUUUAAUUAAAAGUUUAACAUUUCCCUCAAACACUUUAUCAAACCGUCAAAACUUACCGAUGCAAAAUUCCUACUGUGAUCACAGAAACUUUGAUAGUGUAAACCAACCAGAAUUAAGUAAAAAAACAGUCACGAUAGAAAAAUUACAAAACAUUGGACACUCCGAAAACAGUUAACAUUUUUAAUUCGACGUUUCGACUAGCUUGCAGUCAACAACAGGGAUGAUGAUGCCGAAUUAAAAAUCUUACUGUCGAUGCAAUGGAAGUGUUGAUAAAAUAUUGCAUGAAUUCAUUUCCUCAAGUUGAUCAAUUCAUAUGAAUUCAAAUUUCUUUUCACUUCCUGUGCGUUUCCUAUUGGUCAAUCGGUUCUGAAACGAAAUCUAAUUGGCUCAUCUAAAAGUAACAGGAAGUUGAUAUUUUAUCAACACUUCCAUUGCAUCGACAGUAACUGUUUUCGGAGUGUCCAUUGUUUUGUAUCUUUUUAAAUUACUCAAUGGUAACCGUAACACUUCUAGUCAUGAUAGAUAAUUGUCAGUUUCGCUUUCACAUUCAGAGCGAAGUGCAAACCAAGACGAAAUAUUGUGUUUGUGAAGACUCACAAGACUGGAAGUAGUACAGUAACAAACAUACUCCAUCGUCAUGGAGACAAGAAAGACCUCGUGUUCGCUCUACCACGUGACGGUCAAUUCCGAUUGGACUGGCCUUGGAGCAUGCGCAAUGACUCAUUCCACCUCCCCGAGGGAGUCCGACCAAACAUCAUAUGCCAUCAUGGCCGCUACGACCGAGAAACCCUGGCACGGGUCAUGCCACGUGAUACUGUUUACGUCACUAUAUUACGUCAUCCUGUGAAACAAUACGAUUCCACGUUCAACUACAUGGGUUUCAAAAAGUUACUGGCCAUUCAAGACAAGGGUAAUCCAUUGGAAAAAUUCUUGGAAAACCCUGAAAAAUUUCUAGUAAAUUAUCUACUUCGUGAAGAUCUGCGUGUCAACAGUGAUAGGCUAAAGUUAAUACGAAAUGGCAUGGCAUUCGACCUUGGCUUAAACUCGUCUAACUUUGAUAAUAGCGUUGAAAUAGAAAGUUUCCUAGAAAAUCUUAAAAGAGAAUUUGAUCUAGUGCUUCUUGCCGAGUUUUUUGACGAAUCUUUGGUGUUGUUAAAGGAUUUGUUAUGCUGGCCGUUAGAGGAUGUUACUUAUUUCAAGCUGAACGUAAGAAAACUCCAGGAAAAUACGACUCAUUUUUCCGUGAAAACCAUCAAUAAUAUGCAACGGUGGAAUAACGUCGAUUUUUUAAUCUAUCGUCAAUUUCGCGACAUUUUGAAGGAAAAAAUCGCGGAAAAAACGCGCUCGAAAGACGGCGCCCGUUUUCAGACAGAAAUAAAGAAGUUGCGCGCAGAAAAUGCGCGCAUGCGCGAAUUGUGUUUAAGAAAUGUUACAAAAACUGUAACACUACAAUACGGGGUUGUUGUCAACAAAAUGGAGCUUAAUAAGGGAUUGGACCCGAGGACUAGGGCAAAGUGUGACGACAUGAGACGUAAUGAAGUGGAUUACAUAAAGUAUUUGAGAGACAAGCAGUCGAGUUUUGUUAGGACGAUGUUUCUGAAUAGGGCAAAAGAUGCUGUGAUUGGUCUAUUAAGAAUGCUUUUGGGAUUUUUACAGUAAAACCUCUUUCUUUGGUUAGAAGAUAUUUCAGUUUAUUUGAUAUGCAAAUAAGAUGACGACGCCCACAGGACUCCACUAGAGAGUUUGGCAAAUACAACGGCAACGAGAACGUGAUCAUCAAAAAUAGCAUCUUUACUCUAAGACAAAGGCGACUAUAAUUUGCAUUCCUUGAGCAUUCUAGUCGUUCAAACUGUUGCGUUAUUCAUCAUUCUCACGGCUCAUGACCACGCUAACAGAGUAAAACGUUCAAGUCGUUUGCGGUGUUUUAUGUGAAUUCACUUACUAUUUGUACUUCAGGGAAUUUCAGGGUUGUUUGAAAGAAAGACAAGUGCUUUUAGAAGUUUAGUAAUGUAUGUUUUAGCUCAAAUACAAAAGUAUCAGUAAUUUUGUUUUCUGCCAUCGCUUUUGUUGGUUGCCAUACUCACCAAUAAAGACUACAUGACGGUGAAGGACCAGAUUAAUGAAUAAACGUUGACUAACAUAGAUAAUGGGUUAUAUUGUUAUUCUAAUGAGUUUCCAAAUUUCCAAAUUUCUAUUAAAACCCAAACUGGGCCUUCCAGAAUAACUGUUGCUACGUGAUCGAACUAUACCCUGCGUAUACAUGCAAGAUCCCAUGCUUUUAGAAUCAUAAUACAUAAUUAUAAAUAGUUUGUUUGUUAGUAGCAUCAGCUUCUAAAAGAAACUAUUUAUAACUAUGUAUCAUGUUCUAAAAGCAUGAGACCUUGCAUGUGUAUGCAAGGGUAUAGUUCGAUCACGUAGCAACAGUUAUUCUGGAAGGCUCAGUUUGUGGCUUAUCCCAACCCAACCCAACCUGUCAACAUUCCCUGUGGAAGGAAACCAGGAUACCUGAGAAAAAUACACGACUUUCGGUCAGUUGUGUUGACGAAUUCAUUUCACAUGCGUAUCACGUGUUCGCAGCAAGAAUCGAAAAAAAAAAAAGAAAAAUGUAAAAAAUUGCCACUCGAGAAUGGCCCAUUUGCAUUAUAGACUAACUUUUUAUCUAGACAAAAAUUUCAUCACAGCUUGAAAGAGCAUCACAAAAUUGGUAAUAUUCCAAAGUUUCGUUGCGAAAUGUUGUAAAAUGCGGAUAAUAGAGCCUUGCGAAAUUUGCAAUUUUCACUCAUUUUGUAUUACGCACGGAAAAUUGACAGUCCAAUCGGGUGUAGGGGCAUCAAUUUCCCGUUUGUAAUAAUUCAAAAUGACUGAAAAGUGCAAAUUUCGCAAGGCUAUAUUAUCCGCAUUUUACAACAUUUCGCAACGAAACUUUGGAAUAUUACUAAUUUUGUGAUGCUCUUUCAAGCUGUGAUGAAAUUUUUGUCUAGAUCAAAAUUUAGUCUAUAAUGCAAAUGGUCCAUUCCAUCCACUAAACCCUUUUAUACAAUUAAUUACAUCGAGUGUAGAUACCUAAAAUCGUGAUAUUUACCAAUACACCUUACAUUGGCAUAAUCUUAGUAAAUAUAUAUACAUGAUGAACUUACGGUUAGAGCUCAACAACUGUGGCCUCAGUUGGUUAGAGCACUGCGCCAGAAUGCCAAGGCUGCAGGUUCGAAUCCUGCCAGAGGACCUAUAGUCACAACUGGUUAAGGUGGAGUAAUACGAACAACAAAAUUGCUGCAACUUGCAACAAAAUAUGAUUUCAACGCAUGUUAAUUGAAAUGUUUACACAUAAAUUACAAAUCACGAGGCAACACAUGUCAACAUUUCUACUUAACAUGCGUUGAAAUCAGAUUUUGUUGCAAGUUGCAGCAAUUUUGUUGCUCGUAUUACUCCAGCUUUAGACCUAAUAAAUGUAUAAAAAUUCACAUGCAUGGUCGAAAUUUCCAUCUAUACUAAACCCUACAAUUAGUUCUAUCAAGUGUAUAGAUGCUCAAAAUGCUGAUAUUUCCCCCCAAAGGUGACCAAUAUAAGUUCAAUUAUACUAUUAACACAUUCUUGACAAGUUUUUUUUUAUCCGACUUUCAUCUAGCCGCGUGCAACUUUUUCCCACUAUUAUAUUCAAUAUGCAAGAGGAGCAGCAAAAUUGCACAAAUACCAGUGAGUGUUUUGACUCAAAAAUUUGAGGACGAUUAUUCACCCACUGUGACCAAAAUCUUGAGUACCAAUUAUACUCAAAUUGACGAGCAAAUUUACGCAAUUUUUUUAGUGCAGUAAACAUUACCAAAAAUUAGAGAAAAUUUGAAACUUUAUUCAAAGGUGUAACGAAUACAUUUGCUCAAUAUUUUUAUUCCCGGAUUAUUUUGCUCCGGAAAUUUUGAGACAUCCCACUCGACUGAACUAAUGACGUUGAACUAGAUGAAGUGUAAAUUUUAUACCGAUGUAUUUAGACCCGAUCUUGAACGGUUUUUGCAAGUGUAUAUAGGUAGUGCCAUUAAGAAAGCUUCAGAUUGAUAUAUAGGUAUGCAAACUAACUUCCCGAGGAAGGGACUACCAAUAGACCUUUCCCCUUAUGAGUGAAAUUUUGAUCUAGAUAUGCCUGGACAAAAAUUUCAUCACAGCUUGAAAGAGCAUCACAAAAUUAGUAAUAUUCCCAAGUUUCGUUGCGAAAUGUUGUAAAAUGCGGAUAAUAUAGCCUUGGGAAGUUUGCCGUUUUUCAGUCAUUUUGCAUCACGCACGGGAAAUUUAUAAUCAGUUUGAUCAUCUGAUUAUCAAUUUCCAUUUGUAAUACAAAAUGACUGAAAAACGGCAAACUUCGCAUGGCUAUAUUGUCCGCAUUUUACAACAUUUCGCAACGAAACUUCGGAAUAUUACUAAUUUUGCGAUACUCUUUCAAGCUAUGAUGAAAUUUUUGUCCAGACUUGUCUAGAUGAAAAUUUCACUGAAAAGGGGAAAGGUCUAUUCUGUCGGCGAUUUUUCUUCUCCUGGCAAAUGUGAUUGAAUGAAUGACAUGUGACAAAGACUUAUGCCCGAAUUCUAAAAGCUCACUCACACUCAAAGAGUGCAUGGAGGUUCAAUCUGAGCUUCUCUUGAGUGUCAAUGCUGUUUUUGAAUAGCUGGAGGGCGAGUAGUCACAUAGGAAGGUACGACACUAACCCUCCAGCUAUUCAAAAACAGCAUUGACACUCAAGGGAAGCUCAGAUUGAACCUUCACUCAUUGAGUGUGAGUGAGUGAGCUUUUAGAACACAGGCGUUAGAAUUGUUUAGAAAAGCGACUGUAUACUUUUGUGUGCAAGUUCACUCAUUUGCAUCCGUCAGAAAUACAAAAUCGCCGACAAAAUUGCUAAUGUGAACCACUGGCUUCACACUUAACCACGAGCAGCUUCGAAAAAAGGAACUAUAGGCUCUGAAUGUUUUUAGUCAGGUUUUCUCACUUAAUUUCCUUAGCAAAUAGUGACUAUAAACAAUUAUGAAAGAAUCACAAAGGGUCUAAUAACAGCUCCAUAGCAAAACCAACUUGUUUUUUUAUCGCGUCCUCAACGUACAAAGACAAUCGGAAAUAAUUGGGUAAGCUUUAGCCCGCCCAUAUCGAUGUUAGCGUCACCGGUCCAAAUAUAUUUAAAUGGUGCUCGCUCAUUAUGAUCAACUGAGUAUUGAAAGAACGUUAUAGUUAAUAAGAAGCUUCCAUGUUUAAUAAGGAAUAAACAACGUCGUCAAAAGGAGAUCACGCCAUAUUAAAGUCAGAUAACAAGCGCGAACUUCUGAAGUUUCGAAGCUUUACUGAAGUCACAGAAAUUCACAUUUUCUUAGACAUCGCAGGAGUUCUAAAUUGAAGAAUAUACUUCACGGAAUACAGUACGAAGACCAAGAAUGCUCGAAGGAUUGGUCGCUGAUACGUUUUGGAUAAGGGAGAAGUCUGGCAUUUUAGUUAAAAAGGUACGUGUAUUGAAAACUCAUAUUCAAGCUUUCCUAUUGUUAUAUACGCUGCAUGUUGAUUGCCAUUGGUAAGUUUUGGAUAAUUUUAAGAAUAUCAAUUUUGAAGUACGUUUGGGUCCAGUGCCAGUGGAGGUAUAGUAUUCUUCAAUGUGAAGAAAACGCAAAUGGUUAAAACGUCCAAUGGUUUGAAAUGGUAAUAAUAUAUAAGACGUUAGUCGUUCAAAGUUUAAGUUAUGCCAGGACAUAUAAAUUGUCUUAUUUUAUUAAUUACUAGAUUAUAUAAUAACAUCCGUCCAUAUAAUUUGCAUUGCCAUGGGGUAAAAAAUCAUUUUCGAUCCAUCUAUAGUGAAUUACUACCUGCUGUGAGUCCAAUUUUAGUUACUUGCAAAAAUGUCAAAAAUGUGAACAAAUCAGUGCUAAUUACAGUAAUCUGUUACCCGUUGGAAAAGCUUCAGUAUAUUUGAUGCUGUUAAUUAUGAUGAACAGUUAAAAUUACAAAACUUUACAUAAUGAAAUGUAUAUUUGCGCAGGAAACAUCUUUGCAAAAAUAAAUUUUAUUAAUUAAUUAAUUAAAGCUAGAUUUCAUACAGUUGUGAUUCUUUCAAACUAAUCAGCUUUCAAACAACUUGGCCAAAUAACUAGACAUAUACAGUAGACAAAUAUACGAAUUCUGCAAAAUCUUCUUCCCAAUGUGCUGGGUAUAACCCAUUGAGUUGCAAUGCGCCCCAAUGCUCCUUACUUCAUUAUUUUACUCUGUCUAACGCCGGACAAUUUGUAUAUGUAGUAGGAUGGUUUCUAGUGCAAUUCAGUUGGAUAAAACAUGCACGAGUGAGUUUUUCAAAGAGCAUCAAAAUAGCACGAGUCCGAAGGACGAGUGCUAUUUGAGGUCUUUGAAAAACUCACGAGUGCUUGUUUUACUCCAAAUUUCACGAGAAACCAUCCUAAUUACGAAGUAAUAAUAUACAUAAAAAUGUUCGAGAAUUGAUACAGCGCACCGACAACUGACAACGUUUUCGUUUUUCAACUUUGCCCUUUGUUAUCGUGUCACAUUUUAAAACGCUAACGGCUUAAAAAUUCAGCUAUGUAAGUUUUGUUAGGCUUGUUUAAGGUAAAGUCUUUUCCGUUUUGAAAAAAAGAUAAAAGCCAUAUUUUCCACCCGAUCUCAACAGUUUUACUUAUUUUGUUUUGAACUAAUCUGUGACCGUUACUUGAAGACUGCUUUAAGCUGAUUGGUUUUAGAUCUCAUUCUUUUUCCACCAAAAAGAUCAGUUUGUUGCAGAUUUUUGCACUGCUGUUACAGAAUUUUGCACUGCUGUUUGAGAUUAACUGCACUGAAAUCAACCAAUCACAGUCGCAUGAUGAGUAAUACUUUCAUGUAUAUUAUUUUUCUCGUAAAAGGAGAGCACUGCCACUCAAUGAGUAACGAACCCAAGUAAUACGCAUACAGGGAAUAUUCAAAUACAUUAAAACUUUUACCAUAAAAUUUCCGUGCAAAAUUUGCAAAAAUUUUAUUUCAUACCACAUAAAAAACGCGAAAGUAUGCACAAGUCGUAACUAACACAAAAAGAAUUAUUGAAAGACUGUGACCAAUAUGUUCUUUCAUUUUGAAACAAACAGUAUAUAGUUCAAAUUAACGUAUUUCCUCGCUAAGGAGCUCUCAUGAAUCAGCGACUUUCACUACGAAAGGGUUCUCUGAAUUUUUAGUUUGAUAGAAAACAAAGUCUGCUUCAAAGCGAAUUGGCUGGGAAAAUUGACUUGAAAGUUUCGUUCAUGGCAAUUAUCAAAUAUAAUCACAUUUAAUUUCAUAAUUGCUGGGAAGAAAUUAAUAUAGUUUCAUAUACUCAAUAACGGAAUGAAAAAUAUGCUCUAAUUAUUGUAAUUGGCCAAUUGGGCCAUUCUCAAGUUGGCAAAGAGAAUGGAAGGUUUAUUACACUCAGCUGCCAAUGGCUCAGCGGUGGUAACAUUUUUGAACACUUGCUAUCAGUGCAAUAUAUGGAUUGGCAUGAGAAUAGACCUAUAUCACGUUUUGAGUACCGUUUAAAAUUUUAUGUUAGCAAGUACACAAAAUUUCUAAAAACGGCGAACUUAAUAGGCAAUAUAAGAUGAAGCGCACUUUACUGGCAAAUAUUGUAAAUAUUCCCAUCUUGUAAACUCAGAAUUCAAGCUGUUUAAACAAGAUAAUAUUUCGACGUUCAUUUCAAAGUCAUUCGGUCAAACUUGAAACUUGACAAUGACUUUGAAAAAUAUCAUUGAAAGUCGAAAAAUUACCUUGAAUUUUGUUGUCUUAUUUAUAAAAUAGCCCGAAUCUUGAGUUUACAAGAUGUUAAUACUCGAAAUAAUAUUCGAAGUGCAUUUCAUUAUAUCUUAGGCCAGGCUUAAUAUACUUCGCAAAAUUGUCUGAGCACCAGAAGGCAGAACCACAGUUUUCAGCCCAGAAUUUUGUUGUACUUUGACUAGCUCUGCGGUGCAUUUCCGCGGUAUUUAUAACCGAGUUCUCGAAUAUGGCCUCAAAAAGCGUGAUUAAAUUAAGGUCUAUUGAUUGCCGCCUUGAAUAAAAUAAGCUUGCCAGUACUACAAUACGCUACUGCCAAAAGACCAUUUUAAAACAAUGAAUAAAAAUAAACUCAAACGUUAUUGGUAACAGCACCCCAGAAUUUUUGUACUUAUGCAAAGUAUAAUUUCAAAAGACAGUGGAGAUGGUUUGAAUUAUAAAUACAUGUAGGUUAUGAAUUCAGCUUUCAAAAAAAACAGAACCAAGAGCAGUAGAGGAACCCUAAGAGCUGCAUUGUUUUAUCUAGACUAAUUUAUCUAAAAGUAUUCUCCUCAUUUAGAAAAAAGAAAGAAUAGUCAGAAUCAAUUGCAAUGGCAACGAAGGCAAAGGUACAAAAUAUUAA